UGCUGGACCAAUAUUGACUUUUUUUUAAAAACUUCUGCUGCUGAUUUGGCAGCAGGUAACAAGAGACACACACACACACACACACAGAAACGCACACACAUACAGAUACAGAUAGACCCAGAAAACAGAGAUCUCAAUUUGCCGCCAUAUGAGCACUCGCCAGACAAAAUGAACGGACGCUCAAUACGCAUUAAUCGGGUGCCGGCCACCAUAACCGCCAUCCUGUUCACCCUGAUCCUGGUAUACUUUUUAAACUUCCAUCAGGAGGAACGUCCGGCCAUUUAUGGGAUGCUGCGCAGCGACAAUCCUAAUCGGGUGAAUCUACGUAAAAUGCUCAUUGCUGCCAUUCAGGCAGCUCAACGUGGCGGCCUGGAAGUGCUCGGUGUGGCUCGAAGCCGUCAGUUGAAGGAGCGUAGCAAGGGGAAGACGGACGAGGGGGUCAAUGACCCGUUCACCGAUGCCGAUGCCCGUUCCCAUUGUGUAAUGAAACAGGGACUACAGCGUAUCUUUCCACGUGUCAUGAUCUUCUCGGAGGAGGAUAAAGAACAUUGCCUCGAUUUCAAUUCAUUUGACUUGGAUCCCACAGUGUUACAUCAAACGGCCCGUGUUCCCGAUGUGGCUGUCAAUGCCCAAGAUGUAACCGUCUGGGUGGAUCCUCUAGAUGCCACCAAAGAGUUUACAGAGGAACUGUACGAAUAUGUUACGACAAUGGUUUGCGUUGCCGUUUCCGGGCGACCCAUCAUUGGGGUCAUUCAUAGUCCAUUCAGCGGGCAGACUGCCUGGGCAUGGGUUGGCAAUUCCAUGUCCGAGUAUUUGGCUGGCCUGCAUCCCACAAAACACGAAGAGACCGAUCCUAUUAUCACUGUAUCCCGCUCACACACAGCCGGAGCCAAGGAUCUGGCACGAAAUGUUUUCGGAGAUAAGGUGCAACUGCUAACCGCUGCCGGUGCUGGCUACAAGGUGCUCCAGGUGGUGGCAAACAAUGCCAGCGCCUAUCUGCAUACAUCGAAAAUCAAGAAAUGGGAUAUAUGCGCCGGUGAUGCCAUACUCCAUGCCCUGGGGGGCACUAUGACAACUCUUGAUGAUCGGCUGAUCAACUAUGGUCCGGAGGAAUCACCUGUGAAUACGAACGGUCUGCUAGCCACACUCGAGAAGCAUGCGGAAUAUAUGGAUAUGUUGGGCAAAUAUCGUGACACACACAAAGCGAAACAGAGAUAGUUAAGGUGGCAACCACCUAACAUCCUCUCUCUCACUCCCGCUUCCCUCCUCCGCUUCAACGCAACCAAAUUCGCCUCCACGAGCGGAAUCUCGCUUUAGGCAGCUAGCUUUAAGUUUAGAACUUGUGGAAAUCCAAGAAACCAGUUUCUGGAUUUCUUUCUUUUAUUUUGUUUACUUUUUUUUUUUUGUUUAAUUCAUUUCGCAUUUCGCGCCUAGGGUGAGCGCGGGUCAUGAACCCUUGGACAGAGACGCCAAUAAACAAAUUAAGAGAAUAAAUUAAAUUUUAAAUUU